AUGGCUUUAAACGACGAUCUUGAAUUUCCUUUCGGCUUCUUGGACUCGCUAGAAACUUUUAAUGCUGUCACGGAGUGUCAGGAAAAUCCUUCGUUGUUGGUGUCACAAAAUGAGCACAGUGAUAUAGUUCCAUAUAUCCCUGUCUCUGCUGCCACAAAUGAUGUAUAUCCACCAUCAUUGAUGGAAUAUCCUCGCACUGAUCAAGAGAUGUUAACAAGAAAUCCAAGCUUUGAUCAAGAGAUAGUAACACAAAAUCAAAGCUUCCAUCUGGUGGACGAUUAUUCUAGAUCUACCAACGCAUUACAAUUAUCUCUGAACGUGCCAUCAUGUACAUUCCCCAAUGGCCAAAGAGAAAGUGUAUACAGUGAAAACUGUAUGCUAACCCCGACCGAUAAGGCGAUGAUGAGCACUAGACUACAAUCAGUUGGUUUACAGGAUGGAUAUGUAAACCAAAGCUAUCAACAACCUUUGAUGUCGGAAACAAAUGAUAACCUCUUUAACAAUCCAUAUGUUUCAACAAUGAUGGGGAGUAAUGUACAACAAGUGGAAAGAAAUAAUGGACUUGCAAAUUUCAAUUCUAUAUAUGACCUUCGAGAAGAACAUCAUCUUCCUUCUUUGUACAUAUUCGUCUUCUAA